UCACUCAAAUUUGUUCUCUACCUCAAGGUUACUGACGGAGCUAGCUAUGAGAUGAAUUGGUGGAAUUCAUUGGAGAAAGCAGGCAACAUUUCAAAAUUUGCGAUCACAGCCUUGAAAAGUGCUCAACAAAAAAUAGAUGAAGUUCUCGAUAUCACGGAUGAAGCUACUAAUCAAAACGCACUGCCUACGCUAUUCGAAUAUUCAACUAGACAAGUUGACGCAACGGAAACAUUAGUAUCUUUUAAACUAAAUGAAUCAAGUCGUUGUGAACCGAAACCGAAGAAAUCUGAGUGUGAAGUAGGCAGCGAUUGUGGAGAUUUGGAGAGAUCUUGUUCAACAAGGUUGAGAAGUCAUCACUCACCUCUUGUGGAUUCUCUGGAAAAAGUUGUUUACGAUCAAUCAGACAAUUUCGCAUCCAGUGAUUCUGAUAAGGUGCUAACUGAUGAGAACACUAAAACUGAUGAGUUGUGGGAAAUAGAUUCUACAUUAGUUAAUGAUUGUUCUACUGUCACUGAACAAAAAACAUCACAGGAUUUAUGUGAAAAAAAGUGUGAUGCACCAAAGGUAACAAUUUCUUCGGAAUACAUUGCACAAGAAUCAGCUGUUGAUGCAAAUUCGCAAUUGUCAUCCCUAGAAAAGGAAUUGCAGUUAGUGAAUAAAUCAAUUCCCAAUGAAGAUAUAACCUCUUUGCAUCGUUCUUCAUCUGAUAUAGUACUACCAUUCACUGCUCAACCAGUAUGUGCCGAUGACGAUUUUGAUACUAAUACCACUAGUUCGGAUAUUGAAGUAAUUUCGUGUUGUAAUUCUACAUAUGGUGGUGAAGUCCACGAGUUACAUUCUUCUAAUACACCUACUAUUAUGUCUCCUGUUAAAGAGCCACGUCUGUCAUUGGGAUUCAAUCAAAACUCACUUGUUUUGCAAAAAUAUUAUCUUAGAGGAUUUAGUGCUCCGGUUGUUUUAAACAAAUGUUCUAGUGGUCCUGAACAUCGUAGAUCUGUUAGUGUUUCGCAAGAUUUAUGUAUGGGUUUGCAAAAUACUAUUGACGAUGACUUGACAUUUGCCUAUCAUGACCUCGCUAAGAAGUUCUCCGAAGUCAAACAUUUACUAAAUGUUCGUGAAGCAAAAAUUAUGCAACUUAGCCAUGAGAACAACGUACUACAGAAUUCAGUCUCAAUAUUGCAAGAGCAAUUAAAAACUACACUGACCGCACAAGAAAUUGUCACUACUGAUGUGUCCAGUAUUACCUCAGAGUUUUCUCAACGUUUAUCAGAUACAGAGAAACGGUUACAGGUUGUUUGUCGUGAACGAGACCAAUUGAAAAAAAGUUUAUCGUCAGUGAAACAAAAAAUUCCGGUGAUCACACGUGCUGUAGGUGAUGAUAAACCUUUUGUAAAUAAUGAUAUAAAACGUGUAAAUGAAUUAGAGAAUGUAAUUUUGCAGAAAAAUGAAGAAAUUGAGAAUUUAUUAAAAGAAGGUCAUAAAUUAUCUGCUGAUCAGUUGAAGACAAAUAAUCUAUUAAAAAAGCUUCGUUCAGAACAGAAAAAAAGCAAGCAGACAGAAGCAUCACAUUUGAAACAAAUUGAACAAUUAACUGUUGAAGUUCAACGGCUGCGAAGCAGUUUAGAAAAUAAGGAAGAGAUACUUGGUAUUCAACUAACCAAUUCUACUAGACAAACGAAAGUGAUAAAUAAUUUGGAAGAACAACAGGAAAUUCUUAAGCAAUUCAAGAGAUUUCGAGCAUUUAAAACACAACAUGAAGAACAAGCGAUCAAAUGGAGAGAAGAAAUUCAGUAUUAUCAGGGUUUAUUGUCUGAUGCCCAGUUGAAAAUUGAUCUAUUGAAUGAAACAACUACUACUGCAACGCAACCAAUCAUGAAACAAUUAGAAAUUCUUCAAUCUAAUUUCAAUAAUCAAGCAUUUGAAUGGGAAACAAAAGAAAAACAAUUGAAUAAAUUAUUAGCUGAAUAUAAACUUACAGCCGAUAAUGCUCAAACGUCUGAAGAAUCAUGGCGAAGUCAGCUUCAAAUAGCAGAGGAUAAUUUAGCAGUGGCUAGAUUAGAAUUGAAUUCCUUAAAGCAGAAAUAUGUUGAUUUGCAGAAAAUAUUUACAGCAGAACAAGAAAAAUCACAGGGUAGCAUGUUCGAUUUACAAGAAUUAACUGUCAAACUGGAAACAUCUAAAUCUGAAAUGAAUGAAUUUCUUUCUCGUAUAAGUGAAUUACAACAAACAUUGUUAUCUGAAGAGCAACGUUAUAAAGCAUUAGAAGCAGUGAAUAAUAAUUUAUGCUUGCAACUAGAAGAAAUGAAAUUGGCAAAAGACCAACUUGUGGCAAAUAAGGUCAUCGAUCAACCAUUGAAUUCACAUUCACUUGACUUUAUCUAUACUUUUUACAUAUAUAACUUCACUGAACCACUUCUGUUUGUGUAUAUACUUCGUUUUCAUGAAUUCAAUCAUUGUGAGUAGAUUUUUAUUAUAGAUAUCUUCUUCAACAUUUCAGUUUGAAAAAAAUUAACUAUUCUAGCCUGAUUAUACAUUUGACUAGGUAUAUUUUUAAAUUACUCUUUAUGUAAGUGGGUAUAAGAAAUUAUGUUAGAUAUGCCUAGAAGUUAUUUCAUCUGUGAAACUCCUGUUUAGUUAGUACAUUAUAAAAUAAGUCACAUGUGUUCAGUAAUCGAACCUCUGUCGUCUGUUUGUUGAAAGGAAGUUAUUUAUUAAUCCCUAAUGAAUUUCCUGAUUAGUUUGAAUUAUUGUUAUUGUUUCUAAUUAUGAAAUGUCUCUGUAGUUUGCCCUAUAAAACAUGACGUCCCAAGUUAGAAAACACACGUGUAGUUUAAACGUAUUCUAUCAUAGAUUUUCCAACUUGUUAUUUUUCUAUGAUUGGAUCCUUGCGUUACUUAAUGCACCAUUCUAGUGAAAGAUAACUUAUAAUCACAAAACUAAGGAUAGCCUAAUCCACACAUAAUAUUGAUCUAAGUUGUAUACGAACAUACCAAUUUUUCGCUUAGAGUUCAC